GGUGGUUUAUGUCUCACUGGAGACUUCAUGUCCUCUGUCUCAAGAUAGACCAACUUGUCAAGUUCCUUAAGUUGUGUACUCUUGGCUACCAAUCAGAGGAUAUCUACUCAUAGCCAAUGGGGACAAAGCAAGCAAGUUUGCUGGGUGUGUUGUGUUGGAGUUUAAACUUUGGACCUGAGAAGAAGAGCCGAGAGAUAUAGUAGAGACUCUUUGGAAACAGAGACAAAGGUACUACAAAAUAAACUGCGUAUUUUGGUUGGAUCUCUCUAGUUUUGGCGGCUUCCCUGGUGGUCCACCCAAGCAAGGAAACUAUGGAACAGUUCCGAGAUCAGGACUGUGAUGGCAUUGAGCUCCUUGACUGGCUGUUUGAUCAGAACGAUGGGAUUCUACGUCAUGAGGAGCCAGGACGCCAUGGCAACCAUCAUGCCUGGCCAACCCAAGACCCAAAUAUGCUGCAGCCACCCGGACAAGCAGAUGAUGACUUCCUCAAUGCCCUCUUGACUGGAAGUGAUUCUGUGACCGGCUCGCCUCUCUGGUCCCCUUCUCCCAGUGACAGUGGGAUCAGUGAGGACCCUCCAUCAGACCAGAUAGACAGUCCUCUGUGCCCUGAAAGCCCCCCAGAGGACACUCAGUACUUAGUAACAAGACCACAAUCUAAGGCAGCCCUGGAAGCCAGCAUCUCCAUUGACCUCAAUGGCUGGGAUCCCACCUUCCCAUCGGGUAGGACAAGGAUAACACAAUAUCCCUCAGAUGUACAUAAACCCCAGCUGUCCUCUGGCUUCCCGCUAACUGUCAAGGAUCUGCUACUGUCUGGCACACCGGAACCGCCUCCACACCCAUCCCAACAGUCCAUCCAAGAGUUGAUUCUCAAUGAAGAUGAGAAGAAGCUUUUAGCAAAGGAAGGCGUGACUCUACCCGGUCAACUACCUCUUACAAAGUAUGAAGAAAGGAUUCUGAAGAAAAUACGCAGAAAGAUUCGCAAUAAGCAGUCUGCCCAGGAGAGCAGGAAGAAGAAGAAGGAGUAUAUUGAUGGGCUGGAGAGCAGGAUGGCUGCCUGCAAUGCACACAACCAGGAACUGCAGAGGAAAGUGUCCCAGCUGGAGAAAUGCAACAUGUCACUAAUGGAACAGCUUCGCAGGCUGCAGGCUCUCGUCAUGAAUACAUCCAACAAGCCAGCUCAGACUGGGACAUGUGUACUGGUGCUCCUGCUGUCCUUCUCCCUGAUCCUGUUCCCCAGCCUCAAGCCCUUCUCUGACACCAAGGUCAGCCAAGGAGACUUCAGUCCAGUCAGAAUCCAGUCACGGUCCCUGCAGAACCUUCAGGCUUCCCGUGUGCUGCAUGUCACUGACCAUCCCUUCUCCGCCGAGGAUGAAUCAAAGCCUCUGCACCAGCAUUUCACAGGAGAUCGGGAAUUGGAUGAUAUUGCUGCACUGAUGGGAAAGUUAGGGGUGAACCAAGACCAGUCCAGUUUGGAGCCAGUGUCACUAAACAACAGUCAAGAAGAACGGAUGGGUCAUUUUCAUGUAGACCCAAUUACCGGUCACAUAGCUACUUUGACCUUGGAUCCUCACCAAUCUGCCAGGCUGCGACCGCAUGCUGAUGACAUGUAAACGAAAUGAAUAAAUUAUCCUCACAUAAAUUCCUCAUGGUAGAGCAAGGGAUUAUCUGGGGCUGCUGUUUGCACAGACAGGGGAAUUAAGUUUAAAUCAUUCCUGUUUUGCCUUUAAUAUUUGUGUAGUCUGUAUUCCGUUUCCUUAUUUACUGUUUUAUAUAUCAGUAUAUAGAUUUUGAAUCUUACUCAUGUUCUUCAAUCUUAAACAUACUGUCAAGAUAAACUGAGCAUCUUUUGCCUUCUGGCUUUGAUAAAAUGCCAGUGUAAAUUAAUGUGUGUGCCAAUGUCAAAAACUGGGUAAAUAGAGUGUGAUUAUAUGUACAAUUUUGAUCUGAAUUGAUAAUUUUUCAAACGGAUUUUGAAAACAUGUUUUCAUUGAUUGGAUUUGUUUAGAUUCAUUCAUGGGUAGAAUUGACUCAAAUAAAAGAUGACAAUAUAA